ACACAUGUUUAGUUUCAUAUUAUUUUGUCAAUCAAACUUUCUUUGUUUAUAUUAUAAAGUGUUAUGAUUGGGUAAUCUUGGUUUGGUUAAUUCACGUAGUAUGUCACGUCAGUAUGAUGGCUCUCAAAUCGCGGAAAGAUACAUAAUUUAUAAAGAAAAAAAAAAAGAUAAUUAGUAAUGUAUGUAAAGAUUAGCAUUCACGUUAUAAGUUGUCUAUAUGAAUCCUAUACUGAUUAUAAGUUAUUACCAAAGGGAGCAACAAGAAUGAAUAUAUUAAUGCCAACAGCUUGAAAAAGGACGCGAAGGUAUGAAGUUUGGGAACCCCUGAUCUAAUGCUAGUCUUACACUUUGGAUGCAAGUGGAAAGCAUUACAAAAUUUCCAAAGCUCCUUCACGGCAGACCUAUAUUUUUUUCGUAUAUAUAUAUAUAUAUAUAGAAAUCUGUUUAUGUACGGAUCCGAUUGGAAACGUAUAUUUUAUCGACGCCACAGAGUCAAUGGGAUGAAUAUAUCGAAUGUUUAGAAAAAGGACCGUAGUCGGGCGAUAGUGUUUACAGUAGGAUAUCUUUUUUCUAUGCCGGGCGAUUAUCGCUCUCAAGGACUUCUCAAGUUUCUUUUUCUGUUUAGCGACGAAGACGCGCUCUUUUGCGCGUCGAAUCGCCGCUUGCCUUGCUUUAGUCACUUUAGUCUUGCACGAGCAAGCGACGAAUUCAUUGUAGAAUGUAGAUACAUAUUAUAUCUGCAUUGUGAUAGUUAUACCGAUGUGGGAUCUCUUGAAGAAUAAGACGUGAAAGAUAGCUCUCUGUGUCCAUGGAAUGUUUAUAUAUAUCAAAGCAGAGUAUGCAGGCACAGAGUUGCAAUAUUGAAAGAAGUAUGAAGGAUGCUGAAAUAUCUUUGCUUUCUAUGGAAUCUUCUAAACCUAUUUUUGUUGAGGAUCUGAAUAUAUUAAAAGAAGAAAUUAUUGCAAACCAAACUGCAUUGCACAGUACACAACCUAUACGGAAUUUACCUAAUAUCUUAAGAAAUAAUAAUACAAAAAUAUAUAAAAAUAAUAAAGCACUUAUGUUAGAUAAGGUUGAUACUUGCUUAUUAACAAAAGAUAUAGAUACUUCUUUUGAGCUAAAUACAAUAUUAUCUAGCAUUGAUUUAGAAAUGGAAACUAGUUAUAGUAAAAUUGCAUCAGCAAAAUCACAUCAUCAAAGGAAACAAGUACACAAUCCAUUGGAUCUAUCAUAUGAUAUACCUGAUUGGAAUAAUAAUAAAGAUAAAAGCAUGUUACAAAAAGUUAAUCAAUUAAAUACAUUGCAUAUUCCAUUAAACUAUAAAAAGAAUGCAUCAUUGAAGAGAUCAAAAAAUAAUAAGCAGGAAGGAAAUUUGUGUAACAAGAAAUCAAGAAAAUUAAUAGGACGCAAAUCUAGUUGCAGAACAAAAAAUAAGUUAUAUAAAAAAUUAGACUUUGAUACUGAUGGAUUAACCACUAUUUCACAAGGAAAUAUGAAAGAAAACAUUGCAGUGCAAGAUGUUAAUAAUUUUUCCAGUAACAUUAUACUUACUCAAUCCAUCUGUGAAUCGAAUACUUCAAACUAUAUAAACGAUUUAGAUGAUGUUGAAGCAAAAUCAGUGGAACCGUCUAAUAUUCUUUACUGUAACAAUGAGAAUUACAAUUUUGAGAAAAAGUAUGACAUAAAUUGUAAUCCUAUUAUUUCUGGUAAUUCAACAGAGUUCGAUAUAAUGCAGAAUGAAAACGUUUUCCAAACAAAUCAUACAAAUUAUAAGUUUCCAAUAAUGAUAAAUGAUUUAAAAGAAGACUUGAUAGAUAGAGACACUGCUUCAAAUUUUUUAUUGAACCCUGAAGUAUUGUAUACUUGUACUUGUGCAAAUUGUAUGUCGCAUGACAAAGAUAUUAUAUUUUAUGAAGAGCCAGUUUCAACCUCUAUAAAUAGUGACAAGGAAACAGAACUUUUUACGUAUGAUUUUUAUAGUGGUGAUUAUUAUCGUGAUAUACUUGGUGAUAUUUGGUUGGAAGAAUUAGACAAGAAAAGUCUUUGUUACGAAAAGCUUGAAGAGACACAUAUAAAGAAAAAUGUAUGUACUAGCAACGAUAGCAUAGCAGAAAUAGUUGAAAGCAAUGCAAAUAUUUCAUCAAUGGAACAAAAUAAAUCACAAAAUUUACAAUCUUAUCAUAUUGAUAAAGUAAAAGAUAUUUGUGUAGAAUCAUAUUCAGGACUUGUUACACAUCCUAAUGGACCAAUACAUUUUUUUGAAUCUUUAGAAAAUAUAAACAUUUUUGAUGAAAUGGAUUACCUGAAUUUAGAAAACAAUUUAACAAAAGAAAGCAAAGUAAUUUCUCAAGAUGAAUCACUCAUUCAAACUGCAAUCUCAGCUGAUAUAUCUAUGUCCAAAUCCAAAGAAAUGUUACAUGAAAACAAAGAAGAUUUAUAUGUUAUUCAAUGUACUCAAUGCGGAAGAAUAUUUAAUGAAAAGCAUCAGUUCAGAAAACAUUUUACUCGCUGUGACUUUUACAAAGAGGAUUUCAAAUGUCAUAUCUGCAAUAAAAUAUAUAGACACAAAUCAUCAUUAGCUCAACAUCUGAGGCUCGUGCAUCAUGUAUUAGGUGGUCUUCAUGAGAAGUAUUAUACUUGUAAUAAGUGUUCAAAAUCAUAUGUUAGAUUUCGUGCUUUUCAAAGACACAUACUUCUUCAUGAUGAUUAAUAAGUGUGCAAUAUAAAACAUUAACGAUAUUUGGUUUCUAAUAUGACAUCUCUCUCUGUGAAGUGAUACAUUUUACAUUUACAAGUUAUGAAAAUCGCUCUUGAACAUCACAAAAAUACAUAUUGAAACUAUUCAUUCGGAAUAUUUACAAUAAUUCAAGAUUUUAUUAAUAAUUUUACAUUUUGAUAAGUUAGU